AUGGACAAGCAAGCACAGAAGAGAAGGCACGCAUCAGUGGUGCGAACAUUAAUUCACUUCGGCAAGAUGAGGAUUAAGAAGAAACCUCGACAUGAGAAGCACAAAUCUCCCAGGCCAGGACCACUGAUAAGACGGAUUCUACUUAAUUCUGCUCAAGUAGUGGCCACGCCAAGCAUCAUGUCAUUACAGAGGCUAAAUGCUACAAAUAUUAACAGAAUUGUUGUCAACGUUGGGGGAACAAAAUAUGAAAUUGCCAAGCAAAAUUUGGAGAAGUUCCCAGAUACGCUUCUCGGUAGCGACAGGAAAAAUUACUUCUACGACAAAGACAGAAUGGAAUACUUUUUUGAUCGCGAUCCCGUGAUUUUCAAGAGCAUAGCUGAGUUUUAUCGUGUCGGGUCAUUUCACGUUUCAUCUCCUUCAGCGAUCUGCAUGGAGGCAAUUUUAGAUGAGCUAGCCUUUUUUGGAAUUCCUCAACACCACGUCUUCGAUUGCUGCUGUGAGCAUAUUAUCCUUGGAGACGAGGAGCAAGAGAAAAUGAAGAAACAAGAAGAAGCUGUCGAAAGUUGCAAGCACGCCAAAAAGCAAGGUUUAUGGACCGCUCGAGAGAGACUAUGGGAAUUUCUGACCAACACAAAGAGUUCAAAAGCAUCAGCUAUCUUCGGCUAUUUAUUUGGAGCGGUAGUUGCUCUCAAUAUCUCAGCAAUCGUUGCGGAAACCGUGCCUACCAAGUCUGGCAAAAAGCAAGGUGAAGUACAUCUCACCAUCUUCUUCGGAAUCGACUCUUUUUGUGUUGCCAUUUUUACUGUGGAGUACAUAGCACGCCUAUACUCAGCUCCAAAUAGAUUUGAAUUCGCACGCGACAUGUCAAAUAUCAUCGACCUGCUUGGAAUAAUUCCCUACUACAUUGGGAUAGUAGAGCAUGGCGUCCAAUCUCACAAUCCUGUGUUGGGCUUUUUUGUGACUGUAUUUCGUACUUUCAGAGUUUUUCGCGUCACAAAAUUGGCUAGGCAUUCGGAAAGGUUCCAAAACUUGAUAUUGUCUGUUAAAGGAGCAGCGACAGAGCUUGGUGGAAUUCUGUUUUCAUUUCUUGCCUUGAUGGUGACUUUCUCGUCCAUGAUGUAUUAUUUUGAACGAAAAGAAAAAGAUACUGAAUUUAUAAGCAUUCCAGCAGCUUUUUGGUACACCUUGGUUACCAUGACAACCCUUGGGUAGGUGCCCUGAACCCUGGGGGUACACGGGGUGGCUCCAACCAAGGGGCAUAUUUAUCGGGGAGCUUUAGGUUUAUCCAAGGGUGGGGAUUUCACAAGUUGAAGUAUAUGAAAGGGAAGGAAAAUCUAUCAUUUAGGUAUCCAAAAGGGGCCUUUAAUUCAAAUGUUUUGAAAAGAUGCGCCCUAUGGUUUAGCUUGAGAAAACGGCCAACAUGUCUGAUUUGGGAAAACAAAAUAUAAAAGCUGAAAAAGGUCUACUUCCGCGCAAUGCCUUUUGAGAAAUGCUUUUGUUUUUUUGUUGCGCCAAAAAAAUUGCAGUGCGCUAAAAAGUUUCGUUGAAAAUCGUCCCGUGUGACAUUUCCUUAAACUUGGGCAAACGACCAACUUGCAACGCUGUGUUGAGCUAAAAUCUUCGUUGCGAAUCGUCCCAUGUAAAAUGACCUUUAUAACUGUUGUUGUGAUUUCAGUUAUGGGGAUAUUGUUCCAAGCACACUCAAGGGACAGCUACUCGGCGCCGCGUGUGCUUUGAUGGGUGUAGUGCUGCUGUCGUUGCCCGUGCCAAUUAUUGAGAGACAGGUAAUUCAAAUGAAUAAGACGCAUUUGUCAAGUCAGCUAGUCCUUUGAAGGUGGUCUACUUUGACCGGUCCGUUCAUUUCGGUCGGUCAGAACGAAAUGUCCCUUUCUAUUUGACAAAAUUAAAAAUUGUUGUCCAGAGUAUCGCUCUUCCGUACCCUGCUUACAAGCACAUUAACCAAACUCACGGUGUCUCUAUUGAGGUCUGUGCAAACGGAUUGAGAACGUGGAAUUUCCGAAAAUUUAAAGCGUUAUUUUUGUUGAAUGAAAAGCGGCCUUUGGAACGUGAAAAAGGUUUUUCUGCAUGUGGGCGGGUUAGUGAGCGGACUAAGGUAUUUAAAAAAGAUGCUUACAGGCUCUCCCCUUCUCUCUUGCUGCCAUUUCUCACUGCUCGCCCGCUUUUUCGCUCGUAAUCUGCACUGGCCACCGUCCAGGGACCAGACAAUAUUAAGCUCAUUUUAUUUUUAUUGUUAUUUUGAAUUUUAAAAUCAUAAAUGUACACAAAACAAACAUCUUUUUUUUAACCCAGCUGAAUGAAUUCGCACGGAAGCCCAAGCCUAAAACAGACGAUACUGUAGCAAGAUUAGCUGCAUCUCUUCCUCUUCUGACUCAUGAUUCGUGCCCGAAACACAACGGGUACAAGAGAAAAACACGACUUGUGCGCGCAUCAGACUCACGAACAACAUCCAUGCUCGUAGAGGCUGACAACUCGUUUGACAGCACGACAGAUAGCAGCGGCACAAGUUUUAAAAGUAGUUUUGGGAGUCUCCAUGACAUAAAUAAAGUUAGCGAACCUUUAAUUGAAGAACAGGAUUUCCCGGACGUGAACGGAAAUCAAAAUAUGUCAAGCAGAGACGCACGACGCAGACAUAAGAAUUGGCAUGGUAACGGUGAUGUAUCGACCGGAGUGGGAGAUGGUAUUUUUACAGACUCUCGAGACACUUCGCAGUAUUUUCCAGUAUGUCGCCAGUUGACAAACUCAAGCAGUGACGAAGCUGUGGAGGAGCAGAAAACGCCAUCUGAAUCUUUCGGUGAAGACGACGAGGAGAAAGAAAUGAUUCCGAUGAAAAAACUGAGACAUCACCGGUCAUUUGACCCGAGCAAAUUUCUUCACGUUGUGGCGCCGCGUAACUGCCAAAGCGUUGGAGAUCUGGCAUGA